CCUGUUUCCGGUUUCCUCCUGUUUAUGUUUUGCAGACAAUCUCUGACAUUCGCUCACAAACUACAUUAAUAUACGUUAUAAAUAAAACAAUUAUGAUAUCGAACCCGAGGACGGACUCUGCAGAUAAACUUCAGUAGGUGGCGUGUGUCCAUCCUCCCUCUGUUUGUCCCGUUUGUCCUUUUUGUCCUGUUUGUCCUGUGUCCUCCAGCUCCCAUGUCCCAGGCUCCUCUCAGCAUGAACCCCGACAGCUUCACCUGCUCCAUCUGUCUGGAGCAGCUCUCGGACCCGGUCACCGUCCCGUGUGGACACAGCUACUGCAUGGGCUGCCUGACGAGCCACUGGGACCGCCAGUCCGUGUACUGCUGUCCCCAGUGCAGGGCCUCCUUCAGUCCCAGACCCAAACUGGGCAGGAACACGCUGCUGGUGGAGAUGCUGCAGAGACUCGGCUCCGUCCGGCUGAGCCCGGUCCCCUCGGCUCCUCCUCUGUACGAGAGCCUGGAGCACCCCACCUUCGAUGUGUCCUCCGCCCGUCCUGAGAGGACUAAAGGAGAGAGGCUUGUGGGAAACACACGGAAACUUCUAGCUCAGCAGAUCCAGGACGGGGAGAAGGAGAUUCAGCAGCUGAAGCAGAGUCUGCGUUCGUUGUCUCGUCAGGCCAAAGACGCGGUGAAGGACAGCAGCCGGAUCUUCUCCGAGCUGCUGGAGUUCGUGGAGCGCCGCCGCGUCGAGGUGAAGGAGCUGAUCCGAGCUCAGGAGAAGGCUGAGGUGGCUCGGGCGGAGAACCAGGUGCAGCAUCUGGAGCAGCAGCUCUCCGAGCUGAGGAGGAGAGACGCUGAGCUGGAGCGGGUGUCGCACACUCAGGACCUACACCAGAUCACGCAGGUGAUGUGUCGGUCGGACCUCAGUCCAGAUGUUUUUCCGGGAGCGAACUGCUCUCUGACCAUCUGUCCACUUUCCUUCGGGCCUGUGAGACGAGCCAUCUCAGAAAUGAAGGAGCAGCUGCAGAGUCUGUAUCUCAGUGAACUCCCAAGUAUCCUCUCUGCAGUGAAAUCUGUAAACCUCCUGCAGAUGAAGCAGGUCGACGAAGCUGGUCCAGUCGCCCUCGCUCUGAACAGCAGGAGUGAACUGCUUCAGUACUUCUGUCCUCUCUCUCUGGACCUGUUCACGGCUCACAGGCAGCUCUCCCUGAAGGGGGGGAACCGUGUGGUCAGUCGAGCCGGAGAGCUCCAGUCGUACCCCGACCACCCGGAUCGCUUCGACACCUGGUGCCAGGUGCUGUGCCGCGAGGGGCUGCAGGGCCGCAGCUACUGGGAGGCGGAGUGGGAGGGGAGCGAGGUGGUGCUGGGGCUCACGCACGAGAACAUUCAAAGAAAGGGAUCAUCUGACAAGUGCCGACUGGGACGCAACUCCCGGUCAUGGGGUCUCUGCUGCAGCGCCUCCUCCUUCAGCGUCUGCCAUGGCAGAGAGAAGAAGGCGGUGGCGCUGCCGGCCUCCAGCUCGCUGACCCGCCGGGUCGGGGUGUUUCUGGACCACGACGCCGGACUGAUCUUCUUCUACAUGGUGACGCCCGGAGGAGUCGUCCUCCUGCACAGGGCGGCGUCCUGCUUCGAGCUGCCCCUCUACGCUGCAGCGUGGCUGGGAUCCGACUCCACCGUCACCCUCUGCACGGUGGACUGACGCAGCACAGACAGAUGCUGUGUGAGUCUGUGGUUUGAAUGUCAUUCAGUAAAAUUCACUCAGGUCUGGACGUGAUACCUCAGAUGAUAAUGAAUUAAAGGUCAAUAUUAUUUUACGAUCAGCAAAAUGCCAAACUAACAUUUGUCCUUAAGCGACAAUGUGGCAUUUUUUAAUAAUUGUAAUCGUAUUAGAAAUCUAACAUAUAUACUCAUAUCGAUAUUAAUGCUUCUUCACACUACAUUUAACUUAUUAGCCUCACUGUUUAUUGUAGUUCAAAAUAUAAACAAGCCUUUUACUCUUUUCAACUUUAUUUUAUUUUGUUUAAUUCAUCACAUAUUAGUCGGUGAGUCUGAAUCCACCAUCGAUGCCGUUACUUUACUGUAUACUCUGUGUAUAAUGUUUAAGACUCAAAAUAAUCAGUGCACGAUUGUGAUUGUUUCCAACAGACGACAAACUGGAAGAAUAUUAAUAUCUCAGGAUGAGUGUUCUGGACAUUUUCCUUCUACAGUCUUCAUAUGUUAAAAGAAAAACAUGACCUCGUGUGCUGUCCAGCCACGUCAUCAAACUGCAUUGUAAGAGACAGAAUGUAUUUUUAUAUGUCAUGUCACUUUUUUGAUGAACGCAACAACCCACAGACCUCAGUUCAGUGUUUAACAGUUUGAACAUCAGGAUUCGUGCCUUAGUAGAAAGAGGUGGAGUUGUCUGUCUGCAGAAAAACAUUUUAACCCCUUAUUGCCUGACUUAAUUUCCAAUUAUAUAAAAAAUGUAUCUGGAUGUCAUGCAGAUGCUAAAUUAAGUAGCUAUGAGGCAAAUUAGCGACAUUAGGCAUAAUGGGGCAUAACCUUAAUUUAACAAAUUUUCCAGUCUCUGGUAUCUCUAUUAUUAUAUUGAUGCUGCUUUUGAUUGAAAUUGAAUAACAACAUAUGUUUCUGUACAAUCAUUGCUGUUCCAUCAUCACAGUAUUUCAAAUACAGCUUAAUACCUCAAAAUAACUUUGCUGCACAGUCCCAAGGUGCUAGUAUGAAUUUCCACUUCGACCACUAGAUGGCGGCAGAGUGCUUCCAAUACCUUCCUUGGUAUGUGUAGUAUUUGCACCAUCGGCCACAAUCGUCACCUCGGCGGCAUUAAGACCGGAAUGGGGUUUGACGCAAAUUCACGACAUUCCUCUACAAGGGGUUAAAGCGUUAGGCUAUUUGUACCUUCAUUGUAUUGUAAUGGAAACACACGAGAACAAAGAGCUGCUUGUUAUCCUCCAACAGGCAAAGUGAGCUGUGUUCAUUGCUGCGGUAAACAGGUCUGAAAGGUAACCUGUGAUUAAAAAAACACGAGACAAAAGAGUCGCUUCAGUGCUCGAGUUGUAUUUUAAUUCUUAUUAUUAACCGUUGACACAAAGCAGAGGAACCAGGCGUGACAAAAGACGAAAACAAAAAGACAGAGUGGGAUUAGAUCUUGUUGAAAGCAGCGACGUCGACGCUCUGGAUCUGAAAUAGAACAAACAGGGAACUGGUGAAACUCGAGUGAACCUGUCGUGGAAACAGGAUUUAAAAUGUAUAAACUUCUGUUUACAUCUCAUUUAUGCAGCAAUGUACCGACUGUGCCAGUUUAAGAGGUACACCUGACUUCAGGUUAUCUAAUACUGAUAAAUAGGAUCUUCCUGAAGGUUAUAACGUUCAGUUUUUGUUUUAACUUGACUGUGAAACCCAAGUGUCCUAAUUUCAACCAUAACAAUAAAAAAGCAAGUUGACGAAGAA